AUGUGGAAUCAAUUUCCCGAUAAUGACAUAUCUAGUGCUCUGUCUACUUUGGUUGACGAUUUGACCCAUUUCGAUCUUCAGAAAUCAUCCUUGUGUUCCACCACCAUCACUCCUCCUACCACAUCUGUUGCUUCAUUAGCAGAAGUUGAAGUCCAAGUCGAAGUCGAUGAAGCUACCACUCUUCUUAAUUCCAUUUCGUCGCAUUUCUCUGUAAAACCAACAAAGUAUGGUGGUCGUGGUUGUUUUGCCAACACUGAUCUUGCUCAAGGUACAAUUAUUCAUGAAUGUUCUAUGCCACUUAGUUCAACUAUUGCUCGACCUUUCAGAAAAGAAGUUUGUGGGUCUUGUUUCAAAUUUUUAUAUGGUAAAACUUUAAAAUUUAAAUUGAUGUCACGAAAGAAUAAGCAAAAUAAUUCAACGUCUGUUUCUACAUCUGCUUCUGCAUCUGAUUCUUCAUUAGCACUUUAUUUCUGUUCUCAAUCGUGUAUGGACCAGUUUAUUGCUUUGGAUAUAGAUGAUUUAUACCGAGAAAGUUUAUUGAAUGUGGAAAGUCUUUUCCUUAAAGGAUUGAAUGAAUAUCAAUAUGACCUUGAAAGGAAAAAACAAGAAGAAGACGAUAUAGAAGCUGAAUUAAAAUUAGAAAAUGAAUUAAAACAAGCCAAGGAUAUUGAAUUAUUUAUCUCUCAGAAAUCGCAAGAAGCUGAUAUCAAUUGUCAAUUACAAUUAUCUAAAUUAAAACCAAAACAAAGAAAAAACUUUAAUAAUUUGAUUUAUUUAAUUCCUAAAAUUAAUGAAAAUGAAUAUAUGGAAAUUAAAUAUAUUAUUGGGAUACUAUUUCAAAUGUAUAAACGUGAUAAUUGUGAAAACAACAAGUUAUCAUUAUCAUCAGUAUCUUUAUCUUCAUUAGAACUUCAAAUUUUUCAACUUCUUCAAUCAAAUGAAAUUGAAAAAAUUCGUAAAUAUCCUUAUUUACUUCAUUCUUAUACUAAUAAAAUUUACAAAUUCUUAAAAAUGUCCACAUUGGAAAAACUUCAAUCAUAUAUUACUCCGUCUAUAAUUCGUUCAAUCAUUGGUAAAAGUUUAACUAAUGUCUUUGGAAUUUGGUCAAUUGAUGAACCAGAUGAAAAUAAAGAACUACUUGGAUAUUCAUUAU